AGUGGUGUAAUGCGUUGCAUGGUAUACCGUGAGUUUCUUUAGAGCUCGAUGUUGAUUGAUUAAAUAAAUACUCACAUGAUGGCUGAGUCAGAUGAUGAGCAUUACGUUAAAUUCGGGACAGCACUAGAUCCCUUGGACGAAGAUAAUUUACCCCGGAAAAAACCGGUAACCAUUGAAGAUCAAUAUGCCUGUGAUGAGCAAGGAAGGCGCAGGUUUCAUGGUGCAUUUACAGGAGGAUUUUCUGCUGGUUAUUUCAAUUCUGUUGGUACUCGCGAUGGCUGGAGACCUCAGCAAUUUAAAUCUUCGCGAAGCAGUAAAGCUGAGAGCAGAGCACAGAGACCGCAAGACUUCAUGGAUGAUGAGGAUAUGGGAGAGUUUGGGAUUGCGCCAACUGCCAUCCGAGCAACUGCAGAUUAUACUGAUCAUGAAAAAAAAGGAGCCAAAAGAGAAAGGGCCAAAUAUGUCGGGGAUGGACCUAUACCUGGAACUCCAGUUUUGCGGGAACUUUUAAAGCCUGUGAGAGACACGGUUGGAAUUAAAUUGCUGAAACAAAUGGGUUGGAAGCCUGGCCAAGGUGUUGGGCCUCGUCUCUCAAAAAAAGAAAAGUCCAAGGUUAAACAACAAAAUGAUAAAAUGAAGGUGUAUGGCUGCCCAUUGCCACCUCAACAUGAAGAAGCUAUGGAAACCGAUUCUGCCGAAUCAGAUAACGAGGAUAGCGAAAUUACUUUUGCCCCUGAUGAUUAUGAACCAUUCAGGUGCAACCCAAAGGAUAAUUUCUUCGGAAUCGGCUACAGCGGAUUGGACAAAAGACCAAUACUUUCACACCAUGUUACCUUGUUUGAACCAGCAGCAUUUAAACUGCAGGAGAAAAAUAAGAAGCUUUCAAUUCGUGGACAGGCGUUCGGGGUGGGUGCUUUCGAAGCAGAAGACGAAGAUAUUUACUCAAGGGAUGAUAUGUCCCAAUACGAUUUUAGUCUAGAACCAAAAGCUGUACAUAAGUCCAGAUGGUCCAAUGAAAAGCCUGGAACAUCUCAGAAUAAGUGUAUAGAAGGUUUUGUAGCAGCAAAGAAACAGGUGGAAUCUAGAAAUAUUUUCAAACCCCCAGAAUUACCAAAAGGUUUUGAACCUGUUCACAUAAUUAGAAAAAGUAGAUUUGAACCAACUGCUGAAUCAACGAGUCUUGAGAUUGCGAAACGAAAAGGGCUUGCUAGGCAUGACCUAAGGGCGGAAGACAGGGCACGAAUAAUCAAUGAUCCGAACCCUAUUGCAAUGAUUUUAUCCAACCAUAGCAAAACAGAGUCUACAAAUAUCAAAAAACCUGUUGGGGAUAGCCGUUUGAAGUCCAUUCUGCCUGCUCCAGAUGUUUCAAAUAGUGAAAGUGAUGCGAUUAUCCAAUCACCUUCUAAAAAACCUUCUAUCAUAUCGAACAUUAUUACGAAAACAUUGAAUUUGCAUGGUAGAGAACGGACAGCUAAAAACCAAGAAACGUCAUUAAUUGAUUCCAGUCACACUGAUGUUUUAAAAGCUCCGAAACAUUCUUGGCUUGAAAAAUUAAGCGCCAAAAGUUUUGUUAAAGGCGGUGUAGAGAAUUUAAGUUUAACUGAAAAAGCGGAUAACAAUUCCACAGAAGAUGUUUCAAUUAAAACAUCAAAUCCUGAUAGUUCAAAAAUCCUUACAACCAAGGUCCCACAUGCAGAAUUGGAAGUACCUCAUGAUGAUUCUGGAGAUGCAACCUUCAGACCAUUCAUUGCAAAUCCAGACAAACAGAAGCGAUAUGAACAGUUUUUGGCAUUUUCAAAAUCAGGUGAUAAAAGUAAACUCAAAAGUAUACAACCCUUGUCAAUGACCGAGUGGGAACAAGACCACGAAAGGGUAGAAUUUGAACAAGCUGCAAGGCUCUAUAAACCUUUAACAGGAAGUAUGGGCGAUAGAUUUGUUAGUGGAAAGAACCAGGAUGAUUUACACCCAUUAAGCGUUGUAGAAAAAACUCCAGAUGCUGACUUUCAACUCAGAGAUGCUGCUACAAAAAAAAUGUUUGGCAAAUUGACACGACAAAAGUUUGAAUGGCAGCCAGCUAGUAUUUUAUGCAAAAGAUUUAACAUUGCUGAGCCCAGAACUGGCUGUGCACAACCAGAAACAGACAAAAAAACUAAAUUUUCUGUAUUUGAUUACCUUGAAGAAUCGGUUCAUAAUAGUUCUACAUUCCAAAGUGCAACUGAUGUCGCUGUGAGGAUAAAAUCAGAGAAUUUGAAUGGUACAGCAGUUCAAGAAGGGCUAUUAAAAGGGUCCUCCCACCCCCACAAAUCUUUGAGUAAUCAACUAACUGGUACAUCCGCUAUGCUUUUGUGCGACAAUGCUGACAAAGAUAAAGUUUCAGCAAAGGAACGUAACUUUGAAGUGAAGUAUGAGAGGAUUUUUGGGAAAAAUGUCAAUGUCUUGGAAAUACCUGUAACUGCUGAAGUGAACAGUAACACUAUUCCAUCAAAAAGUGGUUCUGAAGCCAUCGACAAUGUUUUGCAUGUAAAAGGAACGGUAGACAAUAACAAAAAAUUCAUUGAAUCCUCUAUAAACUCUGAGCAUGGUGAAAGCUUACCAGGUCCUUAUAGCACAUCGACCGAUCAGGUGGAUUCAAACAAGACUGUUGCAAAUAAAAUUGAUGAGAAAAAAGAUCUCUUCAAGGCAAUAUUCUUGAGCAGUAGCGAAGAUUCUGAUUCUGAGAGGGAAGAUGAAGUGGAUGAUGAGAAGUUGAAGUCAGUUUUAAUUGGUCAGAACCCAGGCGCGUUAAACACACAAAGAAAUACUUCGCCACCACGUGGAAUUUUUGCUAAUUUAGAUUUGGACAGCUUGAACCAAGUAGCUAUGACAAAUAACAAAAUCAAUUUCAUUGAAACGAAAAAUUCCAAUCCAAAUGGUGAUACAUCAAAAACUGCUGCUCCAAGCCAAAGUAAGGAUGGCUCGGAUAAUACAAGUGACUCUCAAAGCCAAUCAUCAGUCAAAGCUCAAAGAUUAUUUGGGCUAGAAGCCGACCCUGAUUUGGAAAUAUUGCCUAAUAUGUAUGGUCCAGUACUUCCGACAAAAACACAAAAAACUAUUGAGAAUGUACCAUCGGAUACGGGUCAGCAAGCACAAACUCAAAAACCUGUCUUCAAAAGUAUUGUAGUUCCGGUCACACACCCGAUUCCUCCUAUGCAGGGUGAAUGGGUCGAAAAGAAAAAAGAGAAAAAAACUAAAAAGGAAAAGAAAAAACACAAACAUAAAGAUCACAAAAAACACAAACACAAAAAACACAGGCGAUGAUAUUCACGCACUUUGAAUGAAUGUCCAAAUUAUUCUGUUAUAUUUAUUUCCGUUGAAUAAAUUGACUCACACCACAAAA